CAUUUUGGUUGCAACCACAUUAUUCAGUGGUGGAAAGUCGUUGCGUGCAGUCAUCCCACAAGCCGAACUUUGUUUUGUGAAAACCAAACUAGCCGCGAACUAAACUAAAUCCGUGCUACCAUGGCCUUCAAGUAUCUGAUCUUCGCCUCGGCCCUGUGCCUCAGUCUGGCCUAUCCGCUAGAGCACCAGUACUACGAGGAGAGCCACGGCUACGAGCACCUGGCCCACCACGAGCCGGAGCCUGUCCAUGAGUACGGACACCACCAGAUCGAGCGCAUCUCCCUGGGCGAGGAGCAUGGACACCACGAGACCCCACACUACGAGGUACACCCCCACGAGGAUGAGCACGUGGACUACUAUGCUCCUCCCAAGUACGCCUUCAAGUACGGAGUGAAUGACUUCCACACCGGCGAUGUCAAGUCCCAGCACGAGACCCGUGACGGCGACACCGUCAAGGGACAGUACUCUCUGGUGGAGCCCGACGGUUCCAUCCGCACCGUGGACUACACCGCCGACAAGCACAAUGGCUUCAACGCCGUGGUCCACAAGACCGCCCCUGUGCACCACCACGAGGAGCUGCACGAGCACCACUACUAAGAGGACUCACCGUGCACUAGAGUUAGCCAAAUUGCUCAUCAGUCGAAGGAAGGGAGGAGAAAGACGGCGAGGAGGAGGAAGGAGAAGGAUUAGAAACGAUCGACCAUGGAAUCAGCUUCAUAUCUCGUAAUUAGGACAUCAGCACACACUGUGGACCGCGGGCCGUGUAGACUCUUGCAGCCCGGGGCCAUGCCUACUUCAUUAACAUUUUGUAUAUUGUAUUUUAUUCUGUGAUAGCGAAUAACUUCUACGUGUUUCUUCCGCUUUCAACUGAUCCUUAGUCACUGCCUGCUCAGACGAAUUUACUCGAUUCACUCGACUGUAAUCUGUAAUCUUUAAACUUAAAUCUUAAAACUUUAAUCUGUAAUCUGUAAUGUAUACUUAUGACUUCUCGUAAAACUUGUUGCAGAGAUCGAACGAAUUGUAAAUUGUGUAAUAAAGUGUGAAUUAUGUACUUUUUAUAAAAUCAAAA